GUAAACAAACAUAUGAACGCGAAGAGCGCAAUAAUUUUAUUAAACAUGGCCAAAAAUGUGAAGAAACAAACGUUGGCCAACAAAUUGGCCAAGAGAGGAGAGGUGAUACAGCCCACGGAGAUAAUGAGCCGGCAGAAUCGGGCGGAUAAUGUGCGAGAUAUUGAAGACCUAGUGGGUUUGGGUUCUAGUAACUCCAUUUACUUCUCCCCGAUUCGAACCCGCAAGCAGCGUCUCUUAAAUGGGCAACACCUUAAAGUGGAACCCCUAUCUCCAAGUCGAGUGGUACCAAAAAAAAACAAGAUGGAAGAGGGGAAUGUAACCAAAAUUCAAAUGGGGUCCGCUACGGUAGUUAAAUGCAAAGUGGUUCAAGAAGCUGUAGAUUCCCCCAUACGGAUUGAUAAGAUCAAGAAGGAACUGGAACCACAGAUAAAGCAGGAACUAAAUUUACAAGAGAAUCAGGAGUUAUUAAAUAAUAUUAAAACAGAACUGGAUACCCAAGGGGAUACGCAUUUAUAUAUGGAAGUGCAAGCACCACAUCCUUUAUGGUAUAUUCAUUUAGAAAACAUACGCAUCAUGAGAACCUCUAAAAGUGCUCCUGUGGACACUAUGGGAUGCCAUCGCUGUGCGGACUCCAAAGCAGAUGCAAAGACCCAACGCUUCCAAAACUUAGUAGCUUUGAUGCUAUCCAGUCAAACCAAAGAUCAAACCACCUUUGAAGCCAUGAAUCGCCUUAAGGACCGAACUCUAACUCCUCUCAAAUUAAAGGAAAUGCCAGUGGCGGAACUGGAGAGCCUACUGCAUCCGGUAUCCUUUUAUAAGAACAAAGCCAAGUACCUCAAGCAAACUGUGGAGAUACUUAUGGAAAAAUAUGAUUCGGACAUUCCGGAUAAUCUAAAGGAGCUUAUAGCUCUUCCAGGUGUUGGGCCCAAGAUGGCUCAUAUAUGUAUGGCGGUGGCCUGGAAUAAAAUCACCGGGAUUGGAGUGGAUGUCCAUGUGCAUCGCUUAUCAAAUCGAUUGGGCUGGGUACCAAAGCCCACAAAGGAACCGGAACAAACCCGAGUCGCAUUGGAGAAGUGGCUGCCUUUUAGUCUCUGGUCGGAGGUUAAUCAUCUUUUUGUGGGAUUUGGCCAAACCAUUUGUACGCCAGUGAAGCCAAAUUGCGGAGAAUGCUUGAACAAGGAAAUUUGUCCUUCAGCCAACGCUGAAUCUCAACCAAAAAAGAAGAGGGACCGAUAGAAAGAUAAAUUUAAGUGAAGAUCUACAAAAACUAAAUGUUUAUAAAAUUUAAAGUAUUAAGCGAUGAAUUGUGUCAGCCAUCUCAGGAAGAAUAAGUUAAAAAUGGACUACAAGUCCAAGAAAUAAGUCUUAAUUUAGAAAAAACAAAAGGAUAAUUAGUUUUUAGUUAC